AUGGCUUCUGGAAGUGGAGGUCGCGCUGAUCUUCACAGAGGACAGUUAAUAGAAGUGAAAGUCGAUAAUUUCACCAGAGAUCUUGUCGCUAUUUCUUUUUCCGACGGGGGCAAAGUUUACAGGGGUAUUCUUUUGGCUGAAAAAGAAAGGUAAUUCCCAUGACAGAGUACUUAUCUAUGACACAAAACUACGUUUCAUGUGUCGAAAGAACUGUUAUAAAGUGCUCCCGUUCACAAUAAAGGAUUUUGACACUGAAAUAUCAGUUUAGGUAUUCGAGCACAGUAUUCGUAGUUAACUCGUGCGCUAUUUCGUACGAGUUUUAUUGUAUGGGCUGGUUGGAUCGGCUAGGCCACUUUUCCACUAGUGUCAUUUUAUACUUGCUUGUCUUCUCGCAGAACAUUUAACCACCAGAGCGCUGGCUGUCAAAAUCCAAUUACAUGCUUUUGGAAUACUUAAAGGGCCGUCCCGACAGACAGUAAUGUCAAGCGAUCCCUGACCUAAGACCGCGUUUCCUAUAUCGAUGGAAGGGCUUCACUAAAACCCGCAGAAGUUGUGUCGGUCGCUUGGGGGAGUCUUUCCCGACGUUUCGGUCCUUGUUACUCCACGUAGUGAGAUGUUGGAUACCUGCCUUGAUUUACAGGUUCAUAACUGGCCUUGUCGCCUUCUCCAGUUUUUCCUUUACUGAGAAUUGAGUGAAAGCGCCCCCGUCUCUUUUUUCACGUAGUUUCAUUCGUCAUGUCAUAUGACAGUCUCCACAACAGGUGCGUUUUAAAUCAGACGGUGCGAGCUUAGGCCUUUCUAUUACUUUCAAAAUCUCCGCCUGGUCAACACAGCGCCCGUAAGGGUUAGCAAACUAAGCUUGGUUUUCUGAAGUCCAGCCGAAUAGUGAAUUGCAUGUAAUGCCUUGGGGUUUUGUAAAUCAGACGAUGCAUGACAGAUCCCCUCAUUUUCCUCGCUCGCGCCGCAAAUUCCCCUGGUAUUCUGGUGUUUCAUAAAAGAUCACUUAAGUUGGUUAGCGUUCGUCUGUUUUCUUUUUUAUACUGCCUGCACCACGUCCAUAACCGGGUGCUACUAUACCGCCUCCCUAAUCAGUAUUUGGCAUUUGAGUAAGUCGUGCCACUAUGUCCCCGCUGAGCAUGCGUUUUUCAUUUCUUUACUUCUGCUGCACUGCUUCCUCAAGAAAACCAUGUUUCCUUUUCCAAAUGAGCUCGUUUGUUCAAAGAGCGUGUUUAAGUCUCUGAAGCUAUCAUUUUAUUUUGCAGUAGGAGUUUGUGGGAUUGCUAUACUCCUGCCAAUUGUCUGUGUAGCUCAGGGCUGCGGUUCCAGAUUUUGCGUUCCUGCCUCAGCUCUUUUGGCUAGUGGCAGCGGAUUUUGUGUCAUACCUCUGUUUUGCUAUUGCAAACAUGUAUGCCUAGUCAGUGAGCGCAGUCCGGUGAAAUGGACAAACAGCAUGUGGUAGAUGGAUUUUCUCAUGAGCUGUGCUGUCUCAUUGUACUUCCGGUUUACUGGAAGAAAAACCAAGACAAUGCUUUAAAAUACCCUCAGUAAGCCAAUUCUUUAGUCGCGCAGCUAAGCACACGCGUUGGUGUUUUUUGGCUACGGCCCCAUUCCACCAUUUACCUGGCCUUUCGAAUUAAGCCCCUAGGGAAUUGCGGCGCGUGCCGAAGUCAGUUAUUGCCCCACCCUGCCUGUAUCGUAACAGAUUGGCUGAAACGUACUGAUACUCCUUUCUAGCUACCAUAAUUUAGCAGAUAAGAAGCAAAUCUAUGAGCACAAGUUAGGCUAUUAUGUUGGUUAAUUUGUGGUACACACACGCACACCAAUACUCGGGAUGCGCAUACAGUCCGACAAAACUGCACUGGCCAGGGCUGCCCCUUAUACUCAAUUGUUGCUGAAUUUAUCAUAAUUAACUUAAUUUGCUCCAUGUUGUCGAUUCACCACACUCCGUGUGAUUGCAUAACUUGACGGCAAAUUCCUGGGCGAAAUUGACAUCAGUUUAGCACACCGACGGUCACAGUGGCAGAGACGCGCUCGAAGUCAGCUCUUCCCACUAUCACCCACCUCGCGUUCGACACCCUGAUGUCAACCAAGGCCGGUUUCAGGCGAGGACCACUCGUUAGGUGAACUCUUGUUGCGUAGUCUGAACGAAAUAGACCACUCUCUAAACACUCCCUUGCUCCGUGUGGCUUGUUCUGUUCCGGAAAGAGGUUUCCUAUUGCAGCUGGCUGCAUUUUCUGGCCUUUUUAAGCUCACAUAACGUUUUCUUUCACCACCCUCAAGUUUUAUACAUAGAGUGUUUCGCAUGCGCGCGAGUCCCAAAUAUGUCAAGUAGGACCUCAUGUGUCAGAAUUAAGGUAUAGAGAAAAGAUCGUUUUAUUGUCCUGCUUUUCGUGAAAAGCCUAUUGUCCACAAAAUAAAGUGUUUUUUAAAUUUUGAUAAGUUUCGUCACUGGUGCCAUUACUUCCCUGCAGGCGUAACAGAGGUAUUUAAAAAUCCCCAGCAUUCGUUUUCUGAAAGAAUAUUAACGAGAAGAACGAGGCGAAUGAUACAGACUUCAAUGACGCCACCAACCUUCUAGCUAUUUCUUCAACUCCAAACGAUCAUUGUAUGAUUUUAGAUUGCUUUCCGCGAUGUGGGAACAGUACGGCGGGCAAAGAACAUGCUCAAACCAUCUUAGUCAACUUUCUUGGAAUAAGUAUUGACACAAAUGAGUUUUGCCAGUGGAUCAGACAGGCACAAGGGAUGAAUUCAAUAUUUCCUUGCCAAUAGCAGUACGAAGCUAAUAACGUGAUCCAAUUGCUUGCAAAGUUCAGAAUUUGGCCAUAUUUCGUUAUCCUCGGAGCGACGCAAAAGCUACACCAUCCGUACCCGUAAGAGAACGCCGACCUCCACUCGUCACUAUUACUAGUGUCCACAGAGUGGUUUGAUACUGAGCUUCUCAAUGCUUUGUUUCCAACGCAUGUCAUCCACUUUUGCGGUUUUUUCCCAAACACGCUGUCACGUGCCAUGGCAUGCGCCCAAUAUAUUGCUUUCAUCGACUGCAUCUAGUUGUAAACAUAGAAGUGGCGUACACAGACUAGUCAUCCUUAAUAGGUCUGGCGGAUGACCAUUAAAGGACCAACACGUAUGAAAUUGACAAAUGUCCUACGGAGUCGCCGCCUGAUUAUUUUGUAGGCGUCAUUUUAAAGUUAACAGAUUCUGACAGUUCGGUUGCGUUCACGUAUCUGGGCUGGCGAUAUUUUUAGAUGAAUCCUGCCGGGUAUCCAACUAUUAAUUAGAAUGCUUUCGAGGAAAUGAAUAUCACCUUACAACGCCGCAGGUUGCAUUUUAAUGAUACAAACAAAGAAACAACACUGUUCGCCUUUCUCUGAAUGGUGCUAAGUUCCAGAAGUAGUUACUGCCCUCUUCUAUCACGCUCUCUGAUACAUGAAUCUUCAGAAAGAGCCAACUUGUGCUUCCUGUUCGAUCAUAAAUCCACUUUUUAGACGUCCUGACCACAGACAGUUGCGUUUGACUAUUAGCUAAGGCAGAAACUGCAUGUCUGUAUCUUUCAAGAGACGUUUUUACUGGGAAUUUCAGACAACUUUUCCUUGAUAUUUGACUGAAUUUCAGGCGAAACUAGGUCUACGGAACCACCCAUAUCUGUUCCGCACUGCUCUUACACCUGUCCACUAGAGAGGAAUUUAGCGUUCACUGUGCACAAACGUGCGCAAUUGGUGUAGUUCCCAUCAUAUUUCCAAUGCAUGUUUACGUAUUAAUUUCAGUUUUUCCUAUCGACGCAUUUGUACGGGGAUUCUUAACGCCCAGAAGAAUCAUGUACCUGUUUUGACGGUUAUGAUCAUUUAGGCUAUCUGUGAAAAUGUAAUCGUCUUUCCAUGUAUACGCAAUAGGCUUUGCCGAAUUUAUCAAAUUGCUUACUUUAUAAUUUUGCAAAUUUGGACUCUACGACGUUUUUGUUGAUACACUUGGUCGGGUUUUUGGAUUUUUAGUGGACAACUACGAAAACAAAUCCUUUAAAUCUAGUGGUAUUAUUAAGUUUGCUUCAUUCGCUAACUCUCGCGUUAUUGAAAGAUCGGCUGACUAUCUUACAGCUGGAAUGACGAUGAAAUAGAGCCGGCAAUUGGUGCUUCUCCUGAUCCCCAAAAUAAGACUGCUUUUGGAGAAAUUCGUACCAGCUAUUGCAUACUAGGGCUGUGGGAUAAUCUUCGGUUUACCUUCCACUUUCUACUGACUACACGAUCGAAUCCUCCUUAUUAUCAGUUAAAUCCACUUAGCCUGUAGUUAUGUUACAAGUUUGGUUUUCUAGAUGGGGGUUCAGCGCCCAAGGCACCGAAAUCACGAAUCCGUCUCAUUGAUUCCUGAUCUUCGUGUCAUUCUUCUACCCGUUGAACUAUGGCAUUUCACAAAGUAGUCGACAUGGCAGGCCCAAACUCUCACCUUCCUGAUUUUGAGGAUCCUGCUGCCCUGCGACGACUUGUUCCUCAGAUUUGCCUAUUUUUCACUUAGCUUUUGCUUAAUGUCGUCUAGCCGUCUGCCUCGCAUGGGUCCGCGAAGCAACCACUGGUUUGUCCAACAUGCAGGCCUCCUUCGGCGGCACUUUCAUUGCUAUCCAACUCAAAUUGCCCAUCAAAGUAAGAAAAGUAGUCUUGGUCAGCAGCUUUUCUGGACCUGACGGGCGAUGGCGCCGACAUGGUUUAUCCGCAUACCAGCUAGAUUUCAGUAUUGUGUCGUCUGACUGGGAUAUAUGGUGACCAUAUGAGACAUGCUGAAUAAGUCAUUAUGAGCGCAUUUCCCUGUGUAGGCAGGUACUCAAUUGUCAAAUUGUACGUCGUGGUGAGUAUUUGAUGCUCCUAACCAUAUUCACCGGCAGAGCCAUUGAAACAAGCCGAUGAUAAUCCUGUCUGUGAUUCGCAUCGUCACACCAGAUCUUCGAACUGCCAUUGCCAUCUUCUUGGCCAUGAUGUCGCAGCCUUAAGUUCGUAAUUUUCGCUGCAUGAGCGUCGGUAGUUAUAGCAAGUUCAUCUGUCGCCCCGAUCUCCGACCGUUUAGUGGUCGUCUGGGCAAUCGGAUUGGGUGAUCGCAUUAUCGAGAAAAGAAGUACUUGACCAACAACCACGGGUACUUUCAGUUUUGUCAAUGAGCACUGCUCAGAGAUAUUACAAGAAUAGCUUUUAUGGACUCCAACUGUCAAUCCGCUUUUACCAGCAACUCAUAUAUUCCACUGUUGAUGGAUUAUGGCACGUAUCUUGGCAGCAGAGGAUGACUCACAGACGCAGCCACGUGGGGUAUUGCAGAGACCACGAUGAUAAAGUUUGUGGGACGUAUCCGGAAAUGGUACUCUUUCCAACCUAGCAAUCUGCCACUGUGUACCCAAGUAGAGCCUCGGCCUCAUUUGAUGUCUUGAAUGGCCGUCGAAUUGCCUUUCACCGUCUGCUAGGUAAGCCGUUGCAACUUUAGUUUACCACAGACAGUUACAACAUGUGCCACUUCCGAGGCUGUGUUCUGCCAGUAUCUAUUUCGACGUGCGUUCAUUACUUAUGUUGCCUAACGGUACAGCGCCUUGAAGUUUGAGUCUCACGCGCUUCAGAUGCGCCAUACUUUGUCUGCUCAUUAAAUAGUAUUUGUCAGUACUUAGCCUUUGAAUUUGCGCUUACGAUGACGCAAAUGUACAAGCGAAAACUUAUCAGUGAAUUCCUGAGUGGACUCCAUACCCCGUUCACACGGAGCUGUUAGACACUGGUUUUUGAGGGAGACAGGGUGGUCGGUGUCGGGAUGGAGGCAUCUGACAGUUUCACUGCAUUAAAUUCCGUGAACAUCAAGCUGCCUAGGAGGGGGACUUUUACUAACACCUCAAAACGCGAGCACACGCCCCCACCCACGUGUAACAUGAACUUGUCUCACCACAUGUUUCGACUAUACUCAUUAAAUGACCGCUCGGGACCGCACCUGAGCAGCCUUUUUUCCCGUCAAACGAGGUCAUUCUCUGCGAUGAUCAUCCACUUUUGGAUAUAAAGUCAACCGGUGUCUCGCAGCCUUCUGAAAACUGGCAUUUUUCCAAAUCAACCUGAUGUCCCGAGCGACAUGUAUAAUUUGAUCUUCGUUACUACACUGAUUCCCAAUUGCAGGCUUGUCUCGGGUGGUUUUAUUGCGGUUUUCCUGCGUAAACUUGGUGUCAUUAGAAGGAAAAGGAAACUGAGAUUCGCGGUGAUACCUGCCCUAUUCCGUAUUAGCGUGUAGGUGUUAACUUCAACUACUACAAUGCGGGUAAUUCCGCCCUUUAACCGCAUUCGGGCCAUGCAAUGUUGUGUAAUUGUAAUGACAUGCUUGCCCAAGCAGCCAUGAACGCCAGUGACAGAGGUGAUGGUCAUUGUCAGCUCAGAAAACGUUGAUUACUCCUGAGUCGCCAUCAGGCAACCAAUCAGUAGUAUUUUACGCAUGCCUCUUAACGAGCAUUUACUACUGACCUGAACUAGCAAACACGGCUUUUUAAUGCCGCCGACGUUUAGCAAGCGUGGGAGUAGGAAGUCUGGUCAAGUACCAAAACAGUGUUUACAUUUCCGAGUUUUCGAACCCCUGCAGGAGUCCAUCGUCAGAGAUGACAUAGCAACAAAACAAGCGGUAGUUUUAGGAGGUAUUAACAAUUCAACGAUCAGUGGCGGAGGUCUGGAGGUGACUGCACAGGGCUCUGUAUGCCGGCGCCUUAUCGACACAGCUAUUGACUGAGUUGCCAUCCAAUGCCCAGGUCUAGAUCAGUUCUCACCUUGUCUUGCCUCCGGCGUGGCCGAUUAUCUUCGCGGCUGCAAAGUUGAACUCAUGACCCCUUUCGGGGGUGUGGGCAGCCACUUGCGAAAAUUUAUCGUCCUGUCACACAGCCAGCUUAUAUUCGUGUAUGCGCGGUCCAAGAAUGCAUUCAGUCUGUUCUUCCGUCGUUGAUUGCGUAUCAGAUAAGACUUUGUUGAGCGAGUAGGGGGAAUUCUGCAGCAUGUCUUUCCUGACGAUAACGAACGUGUCCCCAACGUAGUGGUGCCAAAAUCGGACCAUGCUGGGUGAAGGAAAAACUGGUCCCGCAGGGGACUAGAAACAAAUGGUUUCGGUGCUCGUUACGCACGCAUACACGGGAAACUCGAACAUCGCUCUCCUGUAUUAAAGCAGCUGUUCUGCUGCCACGGCGGACCGACUUAGUUGCCCGUAGUCAAAGACGCUGGCAGAAACGUACUUGACCUGCUUCUUGCAAUCACGUCGACUGUAUCGCUGGAGCAUUGUUUCAGGAAGAUGCCAGUUAUUGUCACAGGUGCAUUAGCAACCGUUUAUUUUGUAGCAUUCUGUUGUCGGUGCCUUCUCUGCCCUUUCCAACGAUGGAACCAAAGUGUUGGUAGUUUCAAGAACCGUUUCCUUGCGUUGGUGAGUCAUGUCGAGUAAGUUUUUGAGCUGACCUAUCCCCCGCGUCCGAUUGGGCAGCAGUUUCGGAUUAGGGGUAGGGGCACCAAACUCAUGAAGCGGGCAAAGAACGUGCGCAAACCAUCCUAGUCAACUUUCCUGUGUGGCAUAGGAGGUCCUCGCGGUGUUCUAGCGAGUACAGACUGUCCCAUUCGAGACGUAAGUGACGCAGUUCACUCGUGUGAUGGUUCUGAAACGACGAGGUGCCGCUCCAAAGUACUUUCGUAUUCGCAGUGUUGUGGGAUAAACCGGCUGAUCUGACGAACUCGCCCACGCGGGACUGCAUUCUAUGGGCUGUCAUAGCUUCAUGUUACGGGACUGAUAUUAGCGGCUUCGUUGAGAUAAACUGGCCGGCGCCCUGGUAAAAAUUUAAAAUCAUAAAGACUGCGCGCAUCAUCUCUUCUAAUCUGCUUAGUGGCAUAGUUAAACAUGAUAGACGGCAGGAUGCAGCCUUAUCAAACACCAAACCGAAAAUUAAGCAUUUGGAAGGGACUGUCACCAGCUGGGCGUCUGAAGCGGCUAGGACAUUAGGUGCAGCCCGACUACCACGAUAGUCAUAGCCCAGUCCGGCUUUGGAGAAGACGAAAGACACCAGUAGGAGGCGUGUAUUCUAUACAAGAGCUCGGUGGCGACCAAACCCCCUAAAGCGCAGCCGGCUCUGGAUCUGUGCACGCGUUCCUCGUACAGUGAAAAGGACGCAAAUGACUUGUGAGAGCCUGUCAGUGUUUGUGAUAACGGAACUUGCGGGCGUUUGUGAUUGGCCAUUCGCCAGGCUAAAUGUGCACAUGUUCCAGCCACUUGAGAGCCCGGAUCGCAUGAUUCCUAGAACGACGUAUGUGCUGGAGGCCGAAAGCUUCUGUGCAUUUGAGGUGCCACAAGUCACGCAGUGUUGGAUCGGUAGUGGGCAUGCCAAACUGCACCAUUGCCUGCCCCAGGGACUCUCUUUUAGCGGAAUAGAAUGUGUAACGAAUGAGGUAGUGGUUGCAUUCUGGAACGUCAGAAUCAUCGGGCCAGUUUCCAUUUCGCAGGAUAAUAUUGAAAACACCAGAAGGGAGGACUUAUUUUGCACAGAAUUCUGAGCUGUUGUCUCCGGCGAGGGCGAGGCCCGUUCUGACGUUCAGUUUUGUGCGAGAAGCAGUGAUGCUGUGGUUUCAGCUGCUUUAAUAAGUUUGGUGGAGCAGGUUCAGGCGGUGUGUGCUGCCUUAGUCGAGAGAUGACAUAUUGAAGUGAGACAUGGGCGGCUGUGCCGUCUGAAUGCGGGCGUGUGCGCAUGUUGCAGUCGGCCAGACUGUAAGCUCAACGCGCCCAAGACGGCUCACUGUGAAGGUGAAUGACCUUGACUUAGCGGGGCAUUGGACUGAGGUGACCCACAUCGUUAUGAUGGCUGUCGGCUACAAAUGCCACAACGAAGUCAAUAAAGCAGACAACGUUUGGUUCUUGGUAAAUAUGGUAGAAUUAAAGUAUACUCGGUUGUAUGACUAUUUUUUUGGCGCACCCAAGCAUGGCCAGGCUUCUCCCGCCAGUCAGACACCAAGAAAGCCAUCUCAAAAUGACAAUGGUAAGGCUCUUUAGAGCGAGACUGAUCAGACUUCUGUCCCAGUACUUCUCGCAUACCCACUUUUCCAAUUUGAAGACAGACAAAGAUUUUGCUGAACCUUAACCAUGAGGAACAAUCUUAUCUCUAUGACUGGUUCGAUCACCCUCAUUAUCCAGGUCACCGAACCGUCAACACAGGACCUGUUGACUUCGUUGGGGGUUCCGUCCACUGCGGGCGUUUUAUCAUUGCGCGAAUGUUAUAUUGUGAUUGCAUUUGUUGGCUAGAUCGCAGUUGGUAGCCAGGUGCCGUAUUAGAGGUGGCUGGGGGCUUUGUCUACUGGGGUUAUUUUGUGGGACUCCAUAAUCACAUCUGACCCAUUUGGCUUCCGUUUUACGUUUGAGGUUAGGAUUAGGGUACCGGUUUAAUGGUUUCUGAUUAUCGGGUUAGGGUUAUGUCUUUAGGUUUAGGUUUUCGGGUUCCGGUUAGGCUUCGAGCGUGCGAUUGGGUUGCAGUAUUACGGUUAGGUUUCUCAGUUGUGGCUAUGUCUAAGGGCUACGGUUAAGUUUAUGAUUUUGAUUAGGAUUAUGGUUGCCGUUAGAGUUAACGGUUAACGUUUAAGGUCGAGGUUAGGGUUAGGGUUACGGUUAGGAAUAGCGUUAAGGUUAGGAUUAGGGUUAAGGUCGCCGUCCGCCUCCCCAUUCCUGGCUACCAACUGCGAUCUAACCCAUUUGUUUUCUGGGAGGUCAGGUCAAACGACACUGCAUAAGCUGGAUAAGAAUAAAACUCCACUCCAUAGAAGGGACAGGUGAUGAUGGGUUGGGCUUUGGGGUCAAAGAGGCGCUCCAUUUUAGCCGAGUCCUAAACAGUAAGGUCGCUAUUUGAAUCGCGGACUUUCAUUCAGUGCAAGUGAUCUACUGCUAACUGGGCGAGUAAGUUAAUAGUUUUGUACUGUCGCCAUCGUUUGGGGUUUGCUCCAUUGAACUUCCGCCACUUCAACCCAACAGUGUUUGCCGUUAUUUUCCGAAGUUCGUGGUAGAAGGUCGUCACGGCAUCCAGUUGAAUUACCUGGACAGACGACUGGAGAGCUCUUGUGCCGUCCUAGCCAUUGCGGUGCUGUUCAGUGAGUCCGAGCAUGCAUGCAGCUGCCCAACUGGUGAAGAGUUCAUUACUAUCACCAUUUGCCUCAGGGUGAGACCGAAUUUCGGCUUUUAGAGCCUCGACAAAGUUAGUCCACCACAAUGUCACGAUAUCAAGUCUAACAAGAGGCGCUCUGGAAACACGGGAGACGUAUGCGAACUCUGACACGGCCCGACCUGUGGACGUUGGCCGUUUUGGUACUACGAAUCGGUCUGCUACUAUGCACCACCUAUGAAACGAUUAACUAGGAUUCAGUCAGUCAGGUUACUAUUUAGAUUUGUAAUACCAGGUUAUCGCCACAAAGAACCAAGCUGGCCAAUAAGACAAUUGGUCAAACAGUCGUUUAGUCUGCUGUUCUUGACCCCGGCAGCAGAGAACUCUUCUGGCCACUUCGUGUAUCUGCAAAGAGCAUUAUCCUUUGUACUGCUGGUCGUCACUGGACGUUGGCGUAUAGCUGGAAACGACAGGGUAGUAUAGUAUUUUUUCUCUGAGGAGACACGAUCGCUGGAACAAGUGCUUUAUUAGCCUGACGUUUCGGAUUCUCACUCGAAUCCAUCAUCAGAGGCAGAGUCAGAUCAGGGUAGUGAAUUGCCCAGGUGUUGCGAUAUUUAUAGGAUGUAGUUCCUAGGCCGCUACAUACGUAUCACAGUUGGCAGCUCCCGUGUGCGUCACAGCUCGAUUAUUGGCUCCCACGUUCAUCGCACGCCGCGGAGGGGCCGGCUACCGGAUUUCGUCAUCCAUGUGGACUCUUGGGUAACUUGGCUCGCCGACAUUGAUACAGGCGACAGCGGUUAUCCGCAUGCUAUCCUCGCGGCUAACUACUUUGCCUAGGCUAAAUCACAGCGCCAACUAUGGAGAGGGAAGGUCGUUGCGCUUGUUAAUUGAUGGAGGACCGGAAAACCAUGACUCGAGCAGUUCGCGGCUCAUGCGGUUGUCGCCUCCAUCAAGAAUUUCGGCUUCGUAAAACUUGAAUGUGUGGUUGGGUCCCGUCCAAUGAGCCGCGACUUGGGAGUUGGCGUCGUUCCUCCUCACUGCUGCCGCGUGCUUGCCCAACCGCGUCCAGAGUAUUCUCCCGGUUUCUCCGACAUAGUUGCUGUCAGAGGUCGAGCGUGCUGCCCUAAGAGGGCUCAAGGCCGACAAAGGCAUCUUCAUUGUGCCUGCGGACAAGAGGCGUCCCACGGUUGUUUUGGACAGGAUAGCUUACCUCAAGAAAGCUGAACUUUUACUGGAGGACCGCCAGCCCUAUACCCCUUGCGCAUCCAACUCCCUAAAAACAGACACUAGAAACCAAUGCGACGCUGUUGGCAUUGGAAAACUUGGCUAGCCAAAUUACCCAAGAGUCCACAUGGAUGACGAAAUCCGGUAGCUUCUGAUGAUGGAUUCGAGUGUGAAUCCGAAACGUCAGGCUAAUAAAGCACUUGUUCCAGCGGUCAUCUCUCCUUCUCCGCGACGACUUCCUGGAACUCGCCUCUUAGCUUCUAUUAGCAAGUGUUUUUUCUGCCUCUCAUGCGUCAGCCGACUUUUUGACUGGCUCCUAUUCAAUAAAUGCAUAGUUCGCGCUUUCCGAAGGAACGCUGACCCCACCAUGUCUGUCAGAAGAGUUGCAUGAACCGCUGCGAGGUAGGUUUAGACUUCGGGAUCAUGAUUCCCCUAGAGCUUGGCUCAGAGGUUCGGGAGUUGUCGGUUCCCGUGGACGCCGUGGCUGGUAUUAUCAUGUUGAAUUCGAAUGAUUUUUUGAGGUUUCUUGGGAAUUGUGAGUGGUGACGGGUCUGUAGCAGUUGUCCAGUUUGUUUGAGGCCCUCUAGCAUUCUAGCUCAGAAAUCUAGCUGCAAGGCCACUAUAUGCUACGCAACUAUACAGUUUCACCCUCGUAUCACUAUUUACUCGUGACAUUGUACGUCAUUAAGCGUCAGCUGACCAAGAUAAAUCGCAAUUUCUACCGAGUAUUUCUGUUUUAUAGACGUCUUAACAGUUGAGAAAUCACAAAUUAUGAAGUUUUUUGUUGUGUCACUCUUGUUUAAAAUCUUAUAUUCCAGAUUCCGAUCUUGCUGUGACACGAACACUUAAAGUUCUCCCGUUCAUGUGCUCAUUAACUGCCCCUUUAGAACUGACACAGCCUUUGUGCCGAAAUCAGAAUGACUGGUGUGUGGUUUGUACCCAUAUUGCCUCUGUAAGUUCCAGCUGGAAUGAUCCAAUGCCUUCUUAUUUGUAGCACUAAACCCCUGCCUUUCCAGGCUUUCCCCGAGCUUCGAGGUUCUUAGGCUCACCACUACCUAUGAGUCUUCAUGUUCUCUUUGAGGAUUGACAAAGUCGUGAAUUCAGUAUGAAAGUCGGAAGCCAGCUUCUUCGAGUGAAUAUUGUAAUUGGGGUGAACUCGCCACUGUUAGGUUUUCUUCAGAGUUUGCUCGACAUGGCUCGGUUUGUUUGGGACGCAGAUUUCAGUAUUCCCAAACGGCCUAGACAUUUUAGUAAUAGCAGCUGUUCCGUACUAACCUUUUAUCUAACCCUCUUCAUGGAGUGCAUUAUAGAAGUGUGAGUUCCUAGUCUACCAUAAGUGCAUUCUCAAAAACGCGUUUUAAAGACCUUAAUGACAGGAUUAAACCGACGUUUUUGCAGGAUUGGUCAGACAUUACAUACCAAGGGCAAAGUUUAAAACUCGAAUGACUCGCUUUUUCGCGGGGAUCGUUCGUUAGCUAACGACAUGACCUUUUAAUUCGUGAAAUAGAAAACUCUUUCGAUUGAGCAGAAGGAAAAGAGAGACGUCGACCAACAUAGUCGCUCCCGUUACCUUCUGGAAUUGCUUUUUGUCCAUGCGGAACUCUUGUCCUCAAAACCAAUCUCUCCUACUUCAACCAGUAGCUUUCUGAGGCCACAUUCAUGUCCUCUGCGUGCGCUAGGGUUGGCCAAUUCGUCGAAUUUCAUUUGUGCAGUCAGCUCUCGGUAAAUACGGGGACCAGGGACGCGAUGUUAGGAAUUUCCACCCACCCCAGAGAGUUACCAGUGCUGCCCGCACAGCAACGACUAAGCCUCGCUUUUAUCAUCUACCGAAGACCGCGUCACACGCUGCCGGAGGCUGCGGUACACUUUGCGACGUUCGUGAAUGCUAGAUCUAUUGCUGCAGCAAAAACAUUGAGAUGAAUGACAUUAAAUACCACCAAACCAACGUAACUGGCUUUGCUGAUUAUGAUACCAGUGAAGGACGCUGGCUGUCAGGACGGUAUUCCGCAUUUGCGAUACUUGUUGCUCAUAUUCAUCCGACACUUCCAUUAUGUUUAUAAUCAGGGGGUAACAGUGUUUUUUUCUGGGUGAUCAAAGAGCGACUGAAUGCAGCGUUCGGGAAAUGUACAAUUAACAGAGCCUUUUCGCAUGUUCCUGCUUUACUUGCCAGUGAUGCCUGAAUGUAUUUGAAAAGUAGGUUUAGGCAAGGCGUCUUUUCGUUAAAAUCUAUCGACCAUCGUCCUCUGACGACCCACGUCUUCAAACCCAUGGAGCUACCCACGAUAGAUUGAACAGGUAGCAGAUUAAUGACAGAUACCAAUGACUACUCUUUACCAAAAGAUUUAUAUAACUAUUUAAUGGCAAUAACGUUGACAUCAUCAGACCCGCACCUGCGUGCUUUGUAUAGAUGCAUUUUUCACCAUACUCCCAACGCGGGCACUGACUAGAAUUCCUUAGACGCGUUUCGCCAAUUUUCCGCUGUUUAAUGGUGCAACUACAAAGUGUUCUGUUGCUUGAUGGGGCACUUCGGUGUCCCCUGCACGGUUUCUGGUAUAACUGUAGGUAGCAAGUGGCGUCUUGCUAAUUGGAUUUAUACCGGCAGCUAAACAGAGUUGCUCGGGGACUCACUGACGAAGCGAACCCCUCACACUUGUGUCAUGCCGUAGGUAAUCGGUGAGCACGCGUCUGUGCUUUUAGCUGGCACUUGUACUGGAAAUAUAGUGAGCGUAGAGCACGUGUUCAACUUCCACUGAUGCAGUGUAGUUUUAAUUUACUACUUUCAUGACACAAAGUAUGAUAUGUUCCUUGCAGAUUAAUUCUUUAUUAUACAAUCCGACGUUGGAGAUUGCGUAAAAAUCGCGUUUAUCCUCCAAGUGACCUGAUGUGUCUGCAGGCACAACGCUGUUCACCCAGCUUUUGUCACCGUCACCAGUUAUCGUCUGCUUUUUACCGUAUUCCGUUGUUUGUGUAUCCAGACGACAAAGCGUUGACCAUUCAUAUAUACAUUCACGUGUUCCAUUCCUCCUCAACGUAGGAACAGUCCCUUACAACAUCUGACUUACCAAGGAGUUCAUACUUGAAAAACAGUCCUAGCAAACACCGGACAUUGUCGGCAAUUCUGGCAACACCAACGUUUGAGACAGACCGGGAAAUAGGAGAAUCACGCAACCGGGAGACCUAUGCUAUAGGACGUGAUCGAUCCGCCGACACUUGAAUUCACAUCGGCUGUCUUAUAUCUGAGCAAUCACAACAGCGCCUAGCUGUGCCGAUUAAUGAAUACCCCUUUUCUUUAUGGCUCGCAGGGGAAGCCUAUUCUAAGUGAUCAGCAACGCAGAUAUCUGAUUUGCGAGAUUUUUUGUUCCUUUUACCUGUCGUUUCUGAGAACUUGUGCUGAAAGAUUCUCAAGGGUGAUUGGUUUUUCAGGUGAUGCAUUGUUCUGCCAAGUAACUCCUAUGAGUGGGCAUGUUCGCUAUCCGGCGCUUGAACCUGGACAGGUUCGCUUUCCUAAGAAAAUGUCAAUUAAUUCGCACAAUAAUUUUCAUAGUUGAGGGGGUAGAUUACCGAGUACAAAUUCGGAGGGCCGCCGGUUCGAUCGUGCCUCUUAAAAAACUUGGCUAUGGGAUCUCCCUACUUACCACGCUCUGCUCUGAAUUUCGCCCGGAAUUGAUUCUAAUGUACACAAGCCACGUGCCUGUUGGCGUACGCUAAAUUUGCUUUCUCCUGAAAUGUGUCGAAAUUUACGAAACUCUGCUCGUCGCUCGCAAACCGAGGCAAACGAACUCACCAAAACUGCGAUUUAAUAAUGAACGACGUUAGCGAGUUGAGAGCGAAGUGUUGUUAGUAAUAUUACGUUGUUUACAAAUAUCAGUUUCUUAAAAAACAGGAAUCCCGAGACGUCAGAAAUCGUUCUAACCGAAUAAAUGUAAGUUUUGGAUGCAUAAAGAGCCUAUCCAUGUGCAAAACUGAGCACAAAAAACAGCACAAGUAGAAUAACUUCUGAAAAUAGUCCCUUAGUGAAGUUUUUACUUAACUAUCCUUCAGGACUUAGUCAAAUAUCAAGCAGUGCAGUUAGCUAACAAUUUGCAGUUUGAGUUUAGGGUUCAAAACGGUUUCACGAGAGUAAGGUGUAUUUUUUCCGUUUUGUUUGAUUUCGCCUGUAGAGACGUCACGGGAAUAAAAGCUUGCAUAAGGUCACAUGUUGACAGGCAGGCCAGGGAAUAAACUGUGACGUAAACAAGCCGUUUUGUGUAUGUUGGGAAAACGUUCCUUUCGUCAAAUUUCUUGGCGGUUUUUUCUUGAGUGAAGAAAAAGACUGACCGAGCACCGAAACAGUCUGUUUAUUGUUCUAAGCUUUUGAACUCGUACAGGAAUCCACCGUCCGGGAUAGUAGCAACAACAGAUCGCCUUUGAAAUAUCGGUGGAUAUUUCAGGGCUUCUAAUGUUUUCAGUCGAUUGCCCAUGGGUAUGGGUUCUGUGAUGUGUUCUUUAAAACCUCCAAACUAAGAUAGUUUUUGAAAGCAUUUACCGGGGUGGUGAGCGCUUAGACAUUAUUUCUAGGGCAGAUGGCUGUUUGAGUUAUUUUUACUCGCCCAAACAUAGAACCUCGUCACCGAGAAAAAUAAACGUACACAACGAAGGUCGGCAAUGAAUACGCUCUAGAUUAGUUGAAAAACCUCAUAUAGUAAGCUACUUCUUUAAAGAGCGCUUCGAUAAGGGAGUUCACUGACGGAUGUUUGCGUUUUCCUUUUUCCAAGGUAAAGAGGAAGAAUUGAAAUUUUUAGUCGACUUUUUCUCUGAAAAGUAGUGGCAACUUUUCAGUUGCAAACAAAACCCACUUUCCUCUUAAUAUUGGAGUCCAGUUCGGUAUAUUUGCUUACCUAUAGGCACUUUUCUACGAUUACAAAUGCACAACAGGGCAGCUACAUAAAUACUGAGGUAUUAACAGAACUGCCAAUCUGUCAGUUGCGUCUCUAAGAUACGCAUCAUUGGAAACUAGAUCAUACAAGAAGUAUCUUGCUGCAUUGCGAGUCCGACCGUCGUAUCCGACGAUUGUACACCGUGUGCUCCCCAGCAAGGUGAGAGCUGGCAGGAUGACUUGUGUGUGAAUUAAUGUGUAAUGAUAGUAGACUUGCACGACAUAUACCCCACUCUCCUCCUCCCCCGCCUGACCUCGGUGUCAGGACAUAGUCAAGAAGGCCGAAGGCGGGAGAGUGCGCAGGUGGCUGGCACGGCCGGACCCGUACCUAGGCGUACCACUGCACCCCCUGGUCCACGAUAAACAUUGGGUCAGGAUUUUAACCAGCAACAAAAUCGAUCAGAAAGAAAAGGGUGACAAAAGUCACUAGACAACCAAGCACACCUGUACACCUCACAGGAGCGCAAGCGCAUCACCGGUAGGGAACCAGGUGCCAAAGAGCUGUCAGGCAGCGAGGCCCAUGGCUUGCUGAAUCAUGACAUACCGGAAGCAUACAAUCCUUAAGGCCUACCUCACCAUAUGCUUUAAAGUUAACAUAGCCACUUGGUGGAAGGCUUUUGCGGCAAGUUAUUGAGUAUUCAGAUAGGGUAGGAAGAUGUCGUAACGUUUAAACAGAGGGUUGCCUGUAGGCGUUAUUACUGUGUUUUAAGGAAUGAAACCACACAGAUCUGUAAAUCAGACUUUAGAAUCCAUAUUAUCUACCUUUCUGAAAAUAACCUUAAUUUAAGUCACUGUAUUUCGGACCACAAAUAGUUUGUAUAGUCGACCCUAGAUCUCAGCUGAUGAAGCUUUUGGUUGACAUUAAUUAGUGUAAAACAAGCAAAACUGUAAUUGUAUUUUGAAACCCGUCUAUACUGCAAGGGGUCUCAAGGCGCAUACUCAAGCAACUCCAAGUCGCUGAGAUGUAAGGGCUUUGCCUAUUAUCCUUACCAAAUAAACUGAACUGAAUGACUGACUGACGCUGAUUCAAAGACUCAUUCUCCCCACUUUUAGGUCAUUUGCGCCUGAUGUCAAUGAACAGCGCGUCUUCGGCGCACCUCAGUGGCCCCCUCCCAUUGGCUCAGACAGCUGCCUUCCCAUGAAGACGACUCCCUGCUCCAUCGAACGGUACAGCUACAAAACCGAUGGUCAACCGUCGCAGCUUACUGUAUUUCAGCCUGCGUCUAAACGCACCAGUAACAACCUCUCCCCCCGCUUUCCCCGAGUACUUCGGCCACGCGAGUUUGUGUGCCGGAAGUGCAAGAAAAGUUUUCCUCUGGAAGAGCCGAAACCACUGUCUACUCCCGUAACUUUGAAUUCAUCAGAUACACAGUCUACACGGGUUCUGCGGAAUCCCUCCUCAGAAAUCAUCCGACAAUCCACCACCACACCCAACGCUAUCGCACCGCUGCCUACUACCUCCGAGAUCCGGCGUGUUACUCCACCAAUAAUUCCGAAACUAGAGUCCUGCAUCAAGUCUAAAGAAACUGGGAGUAGCUCUGAUGCCGACAAUGGUUCUGUCCUUGAACACAAAUCUUCGUCACGUCGUAAACGAGAUCACAAACGGUCCAGUCGAAGUCCACCACAGUCGAAAAGACGGCGUGAUUCUGAUGCUAAUUCUGCAGCAGUUGUACCUGUUGAACCAUCCGUGGACCCCAGUAUUGAGUUGCCGGAAAAAGUUACCCCUCCUACAAAACAUGCAUUACACCUUGAUGUUUUAGAAUCUGACUCAUCGUCCGUACAUCUGCGAAAAGACCGAAUAAAGGCCCAGUAUCAAAGCUCCUCGCACACCCAAAUUGUGAUGCCAACGGGCCGUCGUCACAAUCUGCCACGUCCUGUCUCCACUGAUUUAUCUAAAAAGUCCCGGAAACUCGGCAGGCAUAGAGUUGUCCUCGGUUCCCCUAGCUCAAAAUCUCUCAACACCUCUCCUUCGGACACGAAAAACUCGAGUUCGCCCAUCAAGAACAAAGUCUCUUCCUCCGCUGCCACCACCAAGGAGUCAAGUAAUUCCGAAUCACCCGAGUCAAGCCGAGCCCAUAAUGGAAUGAGCCCGGCUCCAAAAACUCCGUCUCUUCCCACUGCGGAUGACGCUGCCCAGCGGCCAGUCAUAACACGUGAAAAUAGCCUCUGCUCUUCUACCUCCGCGGACGAAGUCCCUCCAACCUCGCCGAGGCUCACGCCAAACUCUGCCUCCGGACGCCGCCGGUCGGGUUGCUAUGAGAAACCAAAGAACCGCUGGAUCCGCGCUGAACGAAUCCGCGACACAGAAGAAGCUGGGAAAAGUUCUAACUCGGUCUCCUCGUCUGUUUCCAUCGAGAAAAGACGGAAAUCUGCCGACCUUAUGUCUACCGAUGUCACAACUAUGAACAGCAGCAGACAGAGGUCAUCUCAGUCUACUCCUGUGACGCUACCUGUUCUGCAACCGGAGGCAGCCUUGCCGCUGUGCACGCUUGUAACCGAAUCCGCAGCUGCCAAUACUGACGCUAGCCUGCCCCCUCCAGAUUCGCCCAACGUGCCCGACUAUCAGGUCGUUUCUAACCCGCCUCAGGAGUCUACAUUCAUUCCGCCAAUUAAGAUAAAAAUAAACCGCAGCGCCGGACAACUGAAGAGCCGCUCGAAGGUCGGACAGACUGACGUGGAUGGGUACGAGAUGAAGGCUGAGUGUGUGAAAGACUUGGCGGCAUCGUCUGAUACUGAUGACCGGUCGAAGACCAAAUCAGACGAAAUAGUUCCCUCAUCAGCACCAAAGCAGCCACAGGGUGCCUCAAACGGCGGUCGUCGCUUCGUUCGACGCUUUCAAAUGCCAGACGAUGGUUCCGUUUUUCGUCUUGGCGACAUUGUGUGGUGUAAACUCUCAGGCUGGCCGUUUUGGCCAGCUCGCAUUACCAGCAUUGCAAAAGAGGAAUCUACGGGCACCGCCUGUGUUCGAUGGUUUGCCUGGAAUCAGGUUUCCUACAUGGCCUGUGAUAAAUUGUGGCCAUUCCUCGAACAUUAUGACAAGAAGUUAGACAAACGGAAAAAGCGGGGUGUCUACAAGCAGGCCGUUGACCAGGCGUUGGAGGCUGCCCGAUGUAGGGAACAAGAACUUCGAACAAAGGCGGAGAAUGCUGCUGGGGAAAGCGGAAGUGAUGAUGACGGAUCAGGGUGGGUUGAAGAGGGAGUCGCCUCAAAGUCUGUCCCAUGUGCAGACGAACCGGUUGCUGAGAAUGAUAACGAAGACACCGAGCCCCAACAUCCUCUCCCAGCACAAAUUCCAACAGUCGAUAGCGAUGCUGCUGCCCCUGCCGGGGUUCCAGUCAGGCAAUCCUGCCGCGGACGCCGUUCUAGCAACAAGACGUGCGGCCGCAAGCCAAGACCGUCAUGUCCUGUCUCCCAGAGUAGUGACGUGGAAUCUGACCCUUAUCUUGCUGCCCAGCAAACCAGUCCACUAUCCACUGAGCACUCCGAAGCCCGUUCAUUUACCCAUAGUGUUGAGAUACUACGAACAUUAGAGACUUUGCCCUUAACUUCCCCCUUCUCGACUUCUUCCGCAGAUACCCCAAGUAAACUUCUUCGUUUAGAAGAAUUGUGUGGAAGAAGUAGAGAACCGUCGGCCUUGGCCACUUUGAAAACCAUUCAAGACCCACUCGAUGUUGUUCUACAUUCAUCUGCUUCACAAAUUGAUGAAGAACCUGGCUAUCUGAAUGUCCUCUCCACCGGUGACAGUCCUACCUCUUCUCGGUGCAUUUCCUCUAUUCCUACUCAGUCCCAGAUACCAGUUUCUUCCACGGCCCUGGGGGUCGAUGAGGAAGCUGGUUUCAGCUACACUAGAUUAUUGAAGUCCACCAUCGAAGUUCUCACGUCGGAAGAGGAAUCUGAGGGUGAAGACGUUGGCCGGUUAAUAAUUGACUCCGGUUCGAUGCAUAACUCCCGAAUUCCUGCUUCAGACACAGUCACAAUCCCCUCGAAUGUUAGCCAUCGAUCGAGCUACACUUUCUCACCACCAAUUACCGAUGCUUCCUUCCUUCCAUCGACGUCUGCCGCUGAUGUCCCCGGGCCCAUAGCUUUUUCCGAGACACUAGAGCCCCCGCCACAAUCUGUAUCAGCAGUCAUCAACUGCAACCACCUGAUUCAGAGCAGUCCAUUUACAAUACCGCCCCCUCGAAUCAUCCCAUACUCCGCAAUGGACACUGAUGCCAGCUGGACAUGA